UUUCACCUGGCUUUGCAGUCAAGUCCACACUGGCCUGGUGACCCACUUCUGUGGUCAGAUUGUUGCAGAGUUUGAGAAGGAAUUCCGGUACUUGUAUGCAGAGUCCAGAGCAGUGACCAGCUUCUGUGUGCCAGAUCCUGGAACAUGCCCCUCUUCUCAGAACACCUCAAAAGUUGCCAGCUCCCUUUUAAAACCCCCGCAGGUGAAUGAUGUUGAAACCUCGAGCCCCUCCAGCAGCCUUUCCAAUGUAAGCAUCAGAAGCAUAAAAGUGUCUCCCUUUCUGAAAAACUCCAACUGCAAUGUACAGCUGGAAAAGCAAGAUUCAAGCUCAGAUUCUGGUAAUAAGAAGGGGAAGGAAGACACAUUUCUGAAGCUCGCUUGCCCUAAGCAACAAGGGGAACCACCAGACUCACCAAAUAGUCCUCCAAAUAAAUCCACCCCAGCUUUGUAUCACAAAUCAAAUCUCGUGACAGCAAGGACAUUCCUGCCACCGGAGCCUUCCGCUGUCCUGAGCUCCAAUAAACCUUGUUAUCAAGGGGACAGUGCAGCUAACAGCAGCCACUGCUCCCCUCCAAGGCAGGAGCAGUCCCUGCAGUCCCUUUCAGAGGGUGCCAGUAGCAAUGGGACAAGCACGAAGCAGAAAGGGCCUGCUGCUGCCCCCGGGGAACCGACCGCAGAGAGCAACAACACAUUUUAUGGGCUGGAAAAAAGACAGAGUCCUGGACAAGGAAAAUUGGACCUACUCUCCCCAUACAGCCAGCUAAAACGAGAUAAAAAGCCAGGAGUUCCUUGCUAUGAUAAACUCACUGAGGACAUGCUGAUGGAAAAGAACAGCGCAUAUGGGGCUGAGAAAAGAAUGACCCUCGGGCACAGUAAGCUGGAUCUGAUCACCAAGUACAACAAGUUAAAAUCAAAACACAUACACAGUCGGUUCGAACUCUGA